CUGUGGUGGUGGUGUAUCUGUGGUGGUGGUGGUGUGUGGUGGUGUAUCUGUUGAUUGUGACGCCUGCCUGGAGGAGAGAACACAGCACAAAGGUUUCCUCUUCCUUCUCACACACGUCCUCCAUCACUGCACUCCUCCUUCUUCUCCUCCUUCUUCUCCUCCUCUUUGUCUCUGCGACGCUCAUGGCGGCAGUCACCAUCCACGCGCUUUGAUGUAGCGCACCACGAGCACGAGAUAAGAAGCCUUAUCUCAGCACCUGGACGCCUUGGCAAGGAUUUCCCCGAGGACAAAAGCCAUCCAUCCAUCCAAGGAUUUCCCUGAGGACAAAAGCCAUCCAUCCAUCCUAGGGAUUCUUGUCUAGAUCGGGAAUUACGCAUCCAAACUGGGAUCUAUGAGUGGAAAAGUGGCGAAGCCUAAAGAAGACAAGGAUGCUUCCAAGGUCCAGGAUGAUGCGGCCCCAGGUACCCAGGAGUACAUUAUGUUACGGCAGGACUCCAUCCACUCUGCGGAUAUAAGGAGUAAAGGCUCCCCCUUUCGUGCUAAGUGUCACGAAAUCUUCUGCUGCCCGCUGAAGCAAGCCGUCCACAAAGAGAACGCUGAGCCCGAAGAGCCCCAGCUGAAGGGCAUCGUGACCAAGCUGUACAGCCGACAGGGGUUCCAUCUGCAGCUGCAGGCCGACGGAACCAUUGAUGGAACCAAGGAGGAGGACAACGGCUACGCCAUGUUCAACCUCAUCCCAGUGGGUCUGCGAGUGGUGGCCAUCCAGGGCGUGCAGACCAAACUCUACCUGGCCAUGAACAGCGAGGGCUUCCUCUACACGUCCGAACACUUCACGCCGGAGUGCAAAUUCAAGGAGUCGGUGUUCGAGAACUACUACGUGACGUAUUCCUCCAUGAUCUACCGCCAGCAGCAGUCGGGCAGGGGCUGGUACCUCGGUCUGAACAAGGAGGGGGAAAUCAUGAAGGGCAACCACGUCAAGAAGAACAAGCCGGCGGCACACUUCCUGCCCAAACCUCUGAAAGUGGCGAUGUACAGAGAGCCAUCCCUCCACGACCUGACAGAGUUCUCCCGCUCCGGCAGUGGCACACCCACCAAGAGUCGGAGUGCCUCGGCGAUGCUGAACGGCGGCAAAGCUGUGAGCCAGAACGAGUCGACGUAGCCCCGCCUGCAGGACCGAACCUUGAAACCUUACCUCCAGCAGAGCGCGCAUCCAAGCAGACCCUCUCUUGUAUCAGCGGUUCAGCACUUGCUGCGACAUACCAAACAUCGACACCUAGAAAACAUCAAUGACGAUCAUUUAAAAAAAAAAAAAAGACAACACACUUGUGCAUUUAUCAUGGUUAACAGCAUUAAUCGCAAGACACGUUCUGGACAUUUAGUCUCCUCUGGGCUCAUUUAUUAUGUAUUUACUCACCAGUUUUGCUGUUCUUUUUCAACAUUGCCGAGGUCAUGUAGACAACGAGCACUCGUGCGUCCGUUAGACAGGGACAGGAAGCGAGUGGGCAUUCAGGGGCAACCAGGUCCACGAGGCUGCAGGGGUACAGUACAAGCCCUGAUCUCUGUCUCGUCCACGCUUCUGUGAAUACAAAGCCUAUAAACUCGCCGGCGCGGUCCGAGGCCCGGCCAGACGGUAGCUCUCCUCGCGUCCCAGAGACCGAGCUCUCUAGCGCCGAGAAACCCAGCCUCGGUUCAGACGACCCGACAUGUGAUGUCUCAGCCUGGCGGCUCGUAACUUUUCAGAGACGCCACGGCUGCCCUUUUGUUUCUGCUAAUUUUCCCAAUUUGCCAAGAAGGAUUCAUUGGUUGUAUCUACUGGUUUCUGUUCGUCCCCUCUUGUUCUCCGACCCUCGCCGUUGAUCAGUAUUGUUUGUCCCGGCGUUUGAACGCAAGCUAAGGCUACACGAAAGAGUCUCCCUUUAAGUCGACGAAGCCUUCACGAAGGUGAGCUGGAUUUGUUUACCCCCCUUUGUACAUUUUAAUGUGUGGCUUGUGCAGCCCUUUGAGACACUCGUGAUUUAGGGCAGCAUGAGUAAACAUUGAUUGAUUGAUCGAAUGAAUAAGGUUUGGACAAGACGAAGUGAUGUCAUUCAGUCUUUUUUCUGAGAUUCCGCUGCCGAGAACCCAAGCCUCGGUUCAGACGACCCGACAUGUGAUGUCUCAGCCUGAAGGCUCGUAACUUUUCAGAGAUGCCACGGCUGUCCUUUUGUUUCUGCUAAUUUUCCCAAUUUGCCAAAAAGGAUUCAUUGGUUGUAUCUACUGGUUUCUGUUCGUCCCCUCUUGUUCUCCGACCCUCGCCAUUGAUCAGUAUUGUUUGUCCCGCCGUUUGAAAGCAAGCUAAAGGCUAAACGAGAGAGUCUCCCUUUAAGUCGACGAAGCCUUCAUGAAGGUGAGCUGUAUUUGUUCACCCCCCGAUGUACAUUUUAAUGUGUGGCUUGUGCAGCCCUUUGAGACACUCGUGAUUUAGGGCUAUAUAAGUAAACAUUGAUUGAUUGAUCGAAUGAAUAAGGUUUGGACAAGAGGAAGUGAUGUCAUUCAGUCUUUUUUCUGAGGAUCCGCUCGACGGCCGAGGUUCAAAACUAGGAUUCGGUGUGUCCCCCCCAUGCCCUUCUUGUUCUGUCACAAAGUCCGUCUCUUGUCCUCGUGAUCUGUUUCCUCCCCCCCCCCCGUGCUCGUGUCAUAACCCCUCGUCAACUUUAUUGACCGUCCAUAGAAAUAUGGCGCCCUUCCUUUCCCCGGAUUGUUAUGUGUUUGAGUAACUUAUCGUGGUGAUGCUAUUUUCUAUAUUAAAAAAAAAAAGAAUACUGUGGACUUUUAGGUGGCUUAACAUUUUGUAGGGACAUGUCAUAUUUGAAAGAGUAAAGAAAACAAAAAACAAAAAAAGGGGCGGGGCAUCUUCCCUUUCAUGCACAGGGCAUGUAUGAACACGAUGUCCCUCCAAGCUACAUAUGACUUCUUUCUGGUACAUGCUUUUUUUUUUGCAGGACUUUCUGUUCCUCGGUUCCCUCGGGAGGUGGUUCGUAUCUGUUGCAUGGGAAGAAGGCAGGGGAUUGUGGUCUAGAGCUGCAUGAUGUAGGCUGUAUGUAAUUAACCCACGUUGGAUCAUGUGUUCCAAGCUACCAGGAUAAAAAAACUUUUAAGACAACAUUAUGCAGGCGAGACGUCCAAGCUGCCUGAUGACUUCCAGUUGUUUAUUAUUUGUUGUAUACACAAAAAUGCACUGAAUAAAAUGUUUAUAUUAAGAUAUACUU